AAAAUAUCUGCUCAGAACCAUCUUUCUCAACAUCCAUCCUUACCCCCUCCGCGAAAAAAAAAAUAAAAAAUAAAUAAAAUAAAGCUACCCACGCGCACGCACCACGGCAGAGCAUAUCUUACCGGCCACCGCACGCAACUCAGCUCACAAUUUAGGUAGCCAAGUCCGGUCAUCCCCAGCUGAGCCUAGACCGGAGCCCAUCAGCUGUUCCUUUCGUUUUGCAGAUUUUCAGACAUAUUUCUAUGUGAUGGAGCUCCCCUAUACUUUAUGGAGACGGAGCAGGGAAGAACCAUAUGACGCAAGCGAACCCACACAAAAUUUCUACUCUUUUGAGAAUACUUUUGAGAGACCGUUUGAAACUUUUGAAUUCAACAAAUUUGUGGACACACAUGCAAAGGAGGCUGCUUUAAGAGUUUCUCCUUGUAUUGUUAGCCUCAUUUCUUAUUCUGGAGAGGAGAAAUUUUUCUGGGCUUCUGGGGUUAUUGUAGAGUGUGACAAUGUCGACGGUUUUUUCGAAUGUACUAUAUUGACUUCUGCAAGUCUUCUCAGGAUUAAUGCAUACGAUAAGUCUCUUGCUAAGAAUUUGAAGGUAGAAGUAAUUCUACCUGGUGGUAGUUCAUGUCUAGGUGAUGUAAUUAGUGUUGAUUGGCAUUUCAAUAUUUCUGCCAUCAGAAUCCAAUCACCGGCCCCUUUGCCAACAGCCAAACUGAGGUGUUUGGAUGAUGCUAUUCAGACUCAUGAUUUAAGCAGACCUCAACUCCAGCGGCAUUCCAGUUUAUUUAAGUUACUUCCUGGGGAUGAUUUUAUCGCUUUAGGCCGUUAUCAUUCUGGAUCGUAUUACCUUAUGGUUGCUCCUGGUAAAUUUAGACUAGUGAAACCUAAAGCGAGCUUGUGGACUAUUAGCACUGGUAUCCCCAUCGACCGUUGCGAAUUAGAUUGCAAAGAGCUUCUCAGAGUGAACUGCAUGAUUACAAAAUGUGGAAUAGGGGGCGCAAUGGUCAACCUUUAUGGUGAGGUGGUUGGGAUCAAUUUUUAUGCUAAAGAAUUUACUCCUUUUCUACCAAUGAACGUCGUCUGCAAGUGGUGGGACCAUGUUAAAUCCGGCAGGAAAUACAGCCGAACAUGGCUAGGGAUGAAAGUAAUUAAACUUUUCUCCGCUGAGAUGAAUGAACUCAGAAAGAUUUUGGUGAAAUUUCCAAAUAUCUCUGAAGGCAUCUUCGUUGAAGAGGUUACUUUAAAGUCGCCCGCUGCACUUGCUGGAGUAUGCCCCAAUGAUGUGAUAGUUCAAUUUGGUGGACAAAAUGUUAAAAGUUGCUUGGAGUUAUUUGGAAUAACAUGGGAUAAAGUUGGGGAAAAAAUGUCUGUGAGUGUACUGCGAGCAAGCACUGGUGCUCGUGAGGAUGUAUUUAUGGUAGUUGGCAAGGUUAAAAACCGUCGAUGGAAUAGAUGGCUAGUUCCACCAGUAAACUGGUGGAAGAGUUACCCAAAUGAUAUGAGGUCAGAUGUAAUGGACAAAGCUAAUGUCUGGAGGAUAAACCCUAGUAGUAUCGAUGAAAAUCAAGGGUAUCAUAUUAUGAAGGAUUCUUUCAAGACGAGUUUUAAUUCAUUAUAUUGGAACCAAGAUUUGGAUAUUUAUGUUAAGAGAAUAGCCAAUAAAGCUGCUCCAUCAGUUGUCUCCUUACAAGUUUCUUCAGGUGGAAAUGAGAUAUUUGGCUCUGGCUUUGUCAUCGAAUGUGACACUGUCAUAACCUCUGCCAGUCUCUUAAAUUUUCUGGAUACUCAAUCCGGUGAUCUAAAGGUUUGUGUGGGUUUAUGUGAUGGUGAAAAAUGCGAUGGAGUGAUUGUGGCCUGUGACUUUCACUAUAACCUUGCUGCCAUAAAAAUUAAAGCGGGCAAGCCAUUGCAAAUUGCUCGGUUAAAGUAUCUGGAUGAUUCAAUCUGCAUUGAUCCAACCAACUUGUCGAUUGGCAAACUACAUGAGAUGCAUUCUGAUCUAUUCAGAAUAUUUCCUGGGGAAAGAGUUAUAGCACUUGGACGCUUUAUUGGUGAUAUUGGUGAUAUUAUGGUCUCGCCUGGUGAAUUCAGUGUUGAACAAUGCCGACUCGACUGUAAAGAGCUGUUGAGAUCAACUGGCAGAAUUACUCAAUGUGGCAUUGGGGGCCCAAUGAUCAACCGAAAAGCAGAGGUUGCUCCGAAUUCCCCAGCUGGUUCUGUAAACGUGCAACCAAAUGAUAUUAUAGUUGAAUGUGAUGGAGUUGCUAUUACUAGUAACUUACAGUUCUUUGACUUAAUAUGGCACAAGACUGGAAAUAUGGUGAAAUUGGGUUUAGCAAGGACAAGUGAUGGUUCUCGUGAAAAUCUAUCUGUGAUGGUUGCUGAUGCCAGCCCUACUCAGUUUAAUCGUUGGCCCAUCUUUGGACAUACUCAGGUGUAUUUGUAGAGCGGGAGCUGCAAUUUAGGUCUAUUACUUUCAAGGAGUAGAUUGCACAGUUUCAAUUUUUCACGAACAAUCAAUCAAUCGUCUAGCUUGUUGUCGAUUAACUUAACGUCGUAAAGAUUUUUGAAACUUGAAAGCUCUAUUUAUAUUAAUACUAGUACACUCUUAAUCAUCUAGCUUGCCGAAUAUGAGAUGAAAGCCCUUGCAGUAUAGGCUUGUCUUUUUUUUGGAAACUUGGUGGUUGUCUUUCUGUCUUAUUUUGGGACCGGAGUGAGCAACUGACCUGUGGUUGCCCUCUUAGAUUUAUUAUUCGCGAGUGAGGAGCCGAGCUUGUGGCUGCCCACUGCGCUUUUGUAUGCCGUUUGUUAGUCGCUUGAUUGCAGAGUUUCAAUUUUUCAUGAACAAUCAAUCGUCUAGCUUGUUUUGAAACUAGAAAGCAAUAUUUAUAUUAAUAUUAAUACUAGUAAAGUAUACGUGAAAUACAUG